ACAGACGCGCUCACUCCCGCGUUGUAUCUCGCCAGGACCGCGACAGGCGCUGCCACUCCCUGUUCCCAGUUACGUAUCUUCGGUUGAAGCCACUUCAGACUUUAAGAUGUCCAGUCCAUGCAAGCUGGUCCUUAUGCUCGUGUCCAUGGUGACGCUGAGCCUGGCGAUGGAGACGCUCGGACAGCCCGUCGACAAAGAAAGACUCAUCAAUGAGUUGGAUUUGGUGGACGAUGACGGAAGUGUGGAGACGGCUCUGAUGAACUACCUGUUUGCCAAGCAAGUGGUAAACAAGCUGCGCAAUCAGAUGAGCAUCUCGGACCUGCAGCGCAAGCGCAGUUACUGGAAGCAGUGCGCAUUCAACGCUGUCUCCUGCUUCGGCAAGUAAACCACUGCGCACCUCAUCGCGCAGACCCUCCACCCACCUCUGUAUAAACUGUUACUGUAUAGUCGGCGCUUCAGUUCAGUUCUUCUCCAAGACUGUUUUCAUUUUAGUGUUUCAGCUGUUUCCUCUAUCCCUGAAAUAUUGUAUUAUUUGAAAAAAUAUGAGGUGAUAUGAGUAAUAGGACAAGUACUUAAUAAUUAUCAUCCAUAAGAUGUAAUACUUAUGAUUUCACUCUUCCAAACAGAUUUUUCGAAUACUGUUAAGUAUCAAUGGCAAUACUUACUUUCGAGAACAAAUGAUAACAUUUAAUAAUAGAACAUUGUAUAAUCAAAUUUUAUUGUAUUAUUCGAAAAAACCUAUUUAACACUUUUCCUGUACUUAAUUAAUGGUCUUAUUUCUGUACAGUAAGGUUCUUCACAAAGGGACACCGUCCAUGAUUAUUAAUUCAAUAUGCUUUAAAAUGCAUUGACCAGUAUAUUUUACGCAUAAUAAACUAGAAUACUAAAGUUAUUGUUACAGAUAAAUUACAAUUCUAUAUUACAAAAUGUGACAAUUACCAUACGAAUAUUUGGUAUUUUCCCAUGUCAAUCAAGCUGGAACGAUUCAGUUUUUAUACAGUGAUUUGAUCAGGUGAGUUGGACCAUGCCUAGUAGCACAUAUCAGUAGACUCCCUACAGCUGAAUUGGAAGUAUAAAUUAUUGGUAUUUUCUAAGUUAUGUUACGCAUUGUGGUUAGAAAUAAAUAUACUUUUUUAACGA